AUGGAGUUUUCAGCAAAUCUUCUCAUUUUUUUAGCACUAUUCGGCUUUGUCGAUGCACUCUUGAGAGUGCCAAUCACUCGUCACAAGGCUAAUCGCUCUCGUUUGCUGACGGCAACGGCUGGUGGAUGGAAUGAGGGACUUAUCAAUGAAAAUCAGAUCUACUAUCAAGGAAAUGUCAUUGUUGGAACUCCGGGCCAAACGAUCUCAAUCGAUUUCGAUACUGGCUCCGAUUUAUUGUGGAUGUCAUGCAACUGUGCAAGAGGCAGCACUCUUGGUGGAGGACACGGAACGAACUAUUGCAAUUCGCACACUCACAAGUUUGCUCCCGGAGCCUCGUCAACGAAUCAAUUAACAACAAACGCGUACUCUGUUUCCUAUGGAAGUGGAUACGUUAAUGGAUUAAUUAUGUUCGAUCGAGUUUGCUUACCGGGAACAGCUCAUUGCUCAGCGAGUAACCAAAAAAUGAUGUGUGCAUCGUUUACAGAUUCGUCUUUCCAGAAUUCGGCCGGAAACCCCGACAGCGAUGGUCUUAUGGGUUUAGCGUAUGGACAAGGAAAUAUGGCCAACUCAGCGAUGAAAUCAAUUGUGGCCGCUUGCACAGACAAAAGUUUCGCCUUUUAUAUGACGAACACGGGAGCGGGAAGUGAGCUGACAAUCUGUGGAAAGGAUCCAGCACAUUAUGUGGCACCACUCCAUUGGCUGAACAUCUAUCAGACAAGUUAUUAUUGGACAGUGGCGUUGAAACAAGUUGUCUUUGGAGGAGCUGUGAAAUGGUCAACCGUCGGUGCUAUCAUUCUUGACACUGGAACAACCGGAAUCUACUUGCCUGGAACCCUUGUUUCAAAGAUUCAAGCCGCUUGCAAUUUAAAUGCGUGCUCUUGCCCGACAUUGACAUUCAAUCUAAACGGAGUUGCUUUCAAUCUGGAAGGGAAAUACUAUUUGGAUUCUUCCUGUAAUCUGAUGGUCUAUGCUUCCUCGGAAACCUCAGCUUUCGCCGGCUACGGAUCAAAUUGGAUUCUCGGGGACGCGUUUAUGCGAAAAUUCUACACCGUUUACGACUACGUGAAUGCUCAAGUGGCAAUUGCUCCAGCACGA